CCUCCACCUCCCUCCCUGAUAGAAGAGAGAAAGAAGAAGAAGAUUCUAGAAGUCACCAGAGAGAUCACUGAGCUGCUGACAGGAGAGGUUCCUAUAAGGUGUCAGGGUGUCACUGUCUAUUUCUCCAUGGAGGAGUGGGAGUAUUUAGAAGGACACAAGGAUCUCUACAAGGACGUCAUGAUGGACAAUCAGCCGCCCCUCACAUCACCGGAUGGAUCCAGUCAUGGGAACCCACCAGAGAGAUGUCCCCGUCCUCUGUAUUCCCGGGAUUCCACACAGGAAGGUCACACCAUCCCUCACCAUCAUCAGAGUGGAAUCCUCGGGGAUGAUAAUAUUGAUGUUAAAGAAGAGUAUAAAGAGGAGGAUGAGGAGUAUGGAGUGAUGGAGGAGUUUUCAGAAGGACACAAGGAGAUGAUGGAGCCACCUAAUACCAGGAACCCACCAGAGAGAUGUCCCCGUCCUCUGUAUUCCCGGGAUUCCACACAGGAAGGUCACACCAUCCCUCACUAUUACAAGAGUGGAGAUCCAAUCGAUAUAGAAUUUGAGGUGAAAGCAGAAGAAGAAGAGGCGUAUGUGAGGGAUGAUCAGCAGUCUAUGGAGGAGGAUGGAAUAACGGGGACAUUUAUAGAGGAGGACACUCCUACAGAGAUCAGCACA